UACAGAAAAUUCAUGCGCGUAGCUUCGUUGAGUGAACAACCAUACUCGCGAACUUUCGUGACAAAGAUUUCUGACGCAUGCGUAUACGGAGUACGUGAGCACAACAGUAGCUCAUGGGGAUUAGCAUGAUAGAGUAAUCGACGCAUGCGUAGUACGCGAAAACGCAGGUGUUAACUGUGCAGAUGACGUCACGUCUGCAAACCACAUUCCGAUGAUGGUUGAGAGGCGGAAAACUUGUAUAGAAGGAGGGUGCGGGGUAAGAGGGGAGUAGUUGGUAAGCGGAGAGUGUUGUCUCAUUCUGUUUUAGAACGUUGCGUGAAGUGGACGAUAAUAUUUUAAAAAGAAUGGUUGGUAAAGAUGUAAGGAAGCCGGCAGUGCCGAAGUCCCGUUUCGGGAAGUUUAGGGCGGGUGCUGUAAGUAGAAUGAAAUAUUUAGUAAAAUUAUUUUGUAUUAAUUGUGUAAUAUUUUAAAACACUUAUAUCUCGUUUUGAAGUUUGAAAUAGUUGGAGUCGUCACCACUAUGGCGACGUUAUCGGUAGCCUCAAGCAUAACGAGUAUGGCAGCGGGUAGGAAGAAGCUGGGGAUCCGGCGGAAUAGUGUGGCGAAGACGUCUCCGACGUGGAGCGGUUCGGGGACGAGGCCCACCAUAAGCACGGUGACCCCAGCAGAAACGCUGCCUCCACCGACGACGACGGCUCCAACAUUGGCACAAGGGGACCAGUUGAUGGGAAAAGGUACAUGUGCCACAGAUGUGACGAUGCCUCUGUGGUGUAUAUCACCUGUAUCACCUCUGCCCGACACCCCCAUGACGCUUUCGCAGGAGAUGGAACGUUUAGAAGGCGUCAUGGUAAGUGCUCAUCAUGUACGAGAAAAGAUGGAGGCACUGACGUCAGCUUGGGAGAGGAAGCGCGAUGCUCGCGGUAACGUGAGCACAGAGCUUGCCCAAGUGCGAAAGUGCAGGACCAUUUUAGAAGACGAGAUUGCUCGUCUUCAAAGAGAAAUCCUGCAGCUAUCGGAGAAAGAGACGCAACUAGUGGAAGAAGAAGACAGGUUGCGUCUCGAAGAAGACGUCCUGGGGCAUGAGGUGGAAACGAAGCGCCCGAGGUAUGAGCGGCUCUGUGUGGGUGCGCAGAAGCUGGCGCAGCAGUUGGCGCAUGUACCGAAAGAUCCGGUGGAAAAGUGUGUGAAUGAUUAAUUGUUAAGUGUAAUUGUAGUAUGUAUGUAUUGUAAUUAGUUUGAAGUAAUAAUUAGGGUGCAGUAAUUAAAAAUCGUAAAAAAAAAAAAUGGCACAAAAAAACCAAUUGGCACAAAAAAAAAGUUACCGGGGUAGGUAAAGGGGUGUUAGAAGAGGUAAUACAGCAACAUGUGCGGAGGUAACAUUAGCUGUAAAUGAUGAAAUAUGAUUAUACCUGAUUUUUUACGAUUUUAUCUUUCCUAGGAGACGCUGUCUAUAGGUAUGCGAGGGAUGUAAAAUGGGGUUGAAAAUGGGGUGAGAAGAAAAUUGGCUGAAAAACAUCAUAGGGAAAUGGGUUACUGGGGGGGGGGCGACAGAGGUGGGCGGAGGGGGGUCAGGGGAGCUAAGGCCGAACGGGGUAGUUGUGUGAAUUCAGCUACUGCGAUAGUGCCAACUUGUAGACCCAGCUGUCAGUAUUAACAGUGGCAGAGGGGUCUCUUUUUUUAAAACCACUCCUUAUAAUUCUAAUUAAUUCUACAAGUUAAGGGUAGAAACUAAGUUCCUUAAUAACAGCGGUUCACCACAUUCACUCGAUGGAAAACGUUCUUCACUGAAAGGCGAACUUUUUUUAUUGAAACAUUUUUCCGCUAUCGUCCACCCUUCAUACACUUUCUGGGGCUGAAAGUAUGGGGUUAAACCAUGUAAAAAAAAUAUUUUCAUACUUUUUUACGCUUGAUCAUUUUAGUUACCCUUAAACAUACAUUUCACAAGAGGAACACUUUUUUUUUUUUCAAUG